AUGGCGGCCGCCAUGAAGAAGACGGCUGCAGAAGUUGUCAAUGUUACUUUUGAAGAUCAACAAAAGAUAAACAAAUUGGCACGGAAUACAAGUAGAAUCACAGAGCUGAAAGAGGAAACAGGAGUAAAAAAGAAACAACUCCAAAACUUAGGAGAUGCUUGUAAGGACAACAUGCUUGCGGAUGAUGAUUGCUUAACGAUACCCUAUCAAAUUGGUGAUGUUUUCAUUAGCCAUUCUCAAGAAGAAACACAGGAAAUGUUAGAAGAAGCAAAGAAAAAUUUGCAAGAAGAAAUUGAUCCCCUAGAAGCCAGAGUGGAAUCGAUUCAGGGGGCGUUAGCAGAUUUGAAAGUUCAGUUCUAUGCAAAAUUCGGGAGCAACAUCAACCUCGAAGCUGAUGACAGUUAAACAUUUUAUAAUACUUUUUAAAAAUGUGUUUAAUAAACUUGA